UUUCCAUCAAUUCCCACAGUGAUCUCGUUGCAACCGCCCACGUACUGCGGCUUUGCCCGUGGUUUCGUUGCACAUCGCUGUCGUCGCUGCACGUUGCAACAUGUUCGAAAUUAAAUUUUGAAUUUCGAUCUUUGAGCCGAAUUUAACGAUUUUCCGUUCCUUCUCAUUCUCCACACUGCAGAAUCUGAUUAAUCCCAACAUGGCGACAUCUCCCCAGGAUGAAGAAAUCUCCGAAUUCCACUUAGAACCCACCGUCCGCAGCCUGCUAGAGCAGGAGACGCUGCGCUGGGUGUUUGUCGGAGGGAAAGGUGGCGUGGGCAAAACAACCUGCAGCUGCAGUCUGGCCAUCCUGAUGGCCCGUCGCCGCGAGAGCGUCCUGCUCAUCUCCACGGAUCCGGCGCACAACGUGUCGGACGCGUUUAGACAGAAGUUCACCAAGUACCCCACACUCGUCACGGGGUUCGCCAACCUCUACGCCAUGGAAAUCGAUCCGCAAGUGCACGGGAAGAUCGACGAGAUUGAGGAUCAUGUCCAGACUGAUGAAGAAGAUUUAUGGAGUACGGGACGGAAAAUGAUGCUGGACAUCACCAACUCCCUGCCGGGCAUCGACGAAGCCAUGAGCUACGCGGAAGUCAUGAAGUUGAUCCAGUCGAUGAACUUUAGCGUGGUGAUCUUCGACACGGCGCCGACGGGGCACACGCUGCGUCUGCUGGCCUUCCCCGACGUGUUCGAGCAGGGCCUGAGCAAGAUCAUCCGCCUGAAGAACCGCCUCGGGCCGCUCUUCACGCAGAUCUCCAGCGUGAUGGGCGUGCCGCAGACCAGCUCCGACUUCGAGCAGAUCUCCAAGAAGCUCGACGAUCUCAUCCCCACCAUCCGCAAGAUCAACGAGCAGUUCCACAACCCCGAGAUGACCACCUUCGUCGGCGUCUGCAUCGCCGAGUUCCUCUCGCUCUUCGAGACCGAACGACUCGUACAAGCGCUGGCCAAGCACGGCAUCGACAUCCACACCAUCAUCGUCAACCAGCUGGUGUAUCCCUCCAAAACCCAGCCCUGCUCGCUGUGUAAAUCGCGCGAGCGUCUCCAGCAAAAAUACGUCAAACAGAUUGAAGAUUUAUACGAGGACUUCAACGUGAUCAAGCUGCCGUUGCUGGAGGACGAGGUGCGCGGCAGCGAGGCCAUGGAGAAUUUCUCCAAGAUGCUAAUCACGCCGUAUCAGCCUUAGAAUUAUUCGCUGCAUUAUUUCCCUGUAUCUUCCGUUAAUUAACAAACAACCCGUGCCGUUAAUGUGUUCCAGCUACUCUAUAAUUUGUCCGCCGAAAUAAAAUAAAAAUAAAUAAAAUUUAUUUAAAAUGAGUAAUCGAUUUGUCCACCGAAAUAAAUUAAAAAGAAAUAAAAUACGAAUUAA